GCGGGGUGACAUGGGAGGGGGGUGGUGACACAUGCCAAAGGCAUGUGUUUUCUGUGCAAGAGAUUAUUUAUGUAAAGGAGGCCCCAGCAAAGGGGUGGAGUUGUGGUUGACAGUGAGUGUGCAAAUGGCUGGUGCAAUGCUCACGUGAAUAGUGGGGAAUGGGCGGCUAGGGGUGGGUGUGCAGAGGACCAGGUACUGCAAAGGAACAGGGGCUUAAACUGACACCUGUGCAAAUCGGAGGAGCGCCCAGUGUGGAACUGUGGGCAAGGGGACAAUGAGUUCUCAAGCCUUGAAGGCGGCAAAGGUUGCAUUUCAGGUCCCAGCGCAGGUGAAAAGUGUGCAAGUGGAUACAGCUGGAGGUAAAGUCCUGAGUAGACAGAGCGUACUUGAGUGUGCAAAUGAGUCUGCUUCUGUGGUUGGGUGGGUGCGAAGACACCAGUAACCAAAGAGCAAGGAGUGUGCAAAAGAGUGCACGUGUACAAAGAAAUGUGCAAAGAGAGAUCCUUGCUCCACAACUGGCGGGCAAAUUCUGAAUGCGUUAACGUGGCUGGGUGUGUGCCGAUAGUGAGCCUAGGAUGAAGAGUGGCAAAGGGUACCAGUGCACAGAAGUGCUGUAGAUGCAAAAAUAGAGGCCAGGGAAAUGCGUGUUUGAAGGUGGGUGUGCAAAGGGGGCGACUGAGGGGAGGCCCAGAGGUAGUGCAGAAGGGAGUGGGCGUGUGCAAAACGGGGUGCGGGGAUGAAAGGGGGCGAGGUACAAACACUAAGAUGGUGAUUGGGCGGAGGAUGGGGUGGGCAUCGGCUGACGAAGGGGGCAGGUGGAGGAGUUGGGGGCAGGGCUGCCUCCUGCCUGCUCCGCUGGCUGACUCCUGGCCCCAGAACGGCUCUGGCCUUCGGCGCUGUGCUGGCAGGGAACAAGCAGGAGGCCCUGGAAGGGAGCAGGCUGCCCGCCCACCCGCCUUCACGGGGUGUGUAAGGGGGCUGGGCACACGUGUCCCGCCAACAACUGCAGCUCACACUCGCCUGCCAGGCCAGGCUCUUGGACACUCCCUUCCCGCCUUUCUCCUCCCACCUUCCUCCACAGUCCUCCAGCUUCGGAUCCACAGACGCUAUCAGGACACGAGCCUCUCAGGGUCCUUUGCUGCCUCUCCAUUCUCGGAUCCAGAUCCAUGGAUCUCAGCCGCAGACCCGGCUCUGGCUCCGGCCCCAGCCUCACCCUCGAGCCCAGCGCCUUUCCUCUUCAGCCCUGGGGUCCUUCUCCCUGAGCCAAAACACUACCCUUGGCGGUCCCUGAAGAAGGAGUCUCCCAAGAUCUCCCAACAUUGGAGGGAGCCCAAGCCCAAGAAGAACUUGACAUACCACCAGUACAUGCCCCCAGAGCCGAGACAAGGGUCCAGGGCAGACCCCCAGGCUGAAGGGUCGGCCUUGGGUCCCCCUGGACCACCUCCAUGGGAAUGGACAAACUCACAGCAGCCACCUCCUAGGAUGAAGCUCAGUCCCCUCACUCCCUCCCCACCAGGAGUCCCCAGCCCCUCGCCCUCUCCACACAAAUUGGAACUUCAGACUCUGAAACUGGAGGAGCUGACGGUCUCAGAGCUCCGGCAGCAGCUGCGCCUGCGGGGCCUCCCAGUGUCUGGGACCAAGUCGAUGCUCCUGGAGCGCAUGCGCGGCGGCGCCCCGCCCCGCGAGCGGCCGAAGCCGCGGCGCGUGGAAGGUCCGGCGGGUGCUCCCUGGCCUCGCUUCAGGCGCAAGGCUUUGGGAGCCGCUGGGAGGCCGGGCUCGUUGAAGACGAGUCAAACGUCUCACUCGCUGCCCCCUCCACGUGCCGCGGAAACCCUUGUGACGGCUCCGGCUUCUGCUCCGGCUCCGGCUGCAUCGCCGGCUCAGGCUCCAGCUCCAGCUCCAGUACCGAUCCCUUCAGCAGCAGCCUCGACAGCCCUGACGCUGGAGGAGGAGCUGCAGGAAGCGAUCCGCAGAGCGCAGUUGCUUCCGAACCGGGGCAUCAAUGACAUCCUGGAGGAUCAGGUGGAGCCUGAGGACAUGCUGCCCCCCAUCCCCCUGGACUUCCCCGGCUCCUUCGACUUGCUGUCCCCCUCCCCGGACUCUGAAGGCCUCUCAUCUGUCUUCUCUUCCUCGCUCCCAUCCCCCACGAACUCCCCGUCCCCCUCUCCCAGGGGCCCCACCGACUCCUUGGAUUGGCUGGAGGCUCUGAGUGGGGGUCCCCCACUGGGCUGUGGCCCCCCAGCCCCCAGCAUUUUCUCUGCUGACUUAUCUGAUUCCAGUGGCACCAGGCUGUGGGACCUGCUGGAGGAUCCAUGGUGAUGGAUUUUGGGAUUUCCAGGGACUGUGAACUGGUGGGGGUGGAGAGGCCACAGAGAUUGACUCCCUGAGGGAGGGGUUGGAACAACCAGCAGAAUCCCUCCCACCACAGACACAAAAUCAGAGACAACUCUCAUGCCCACCUGGCCCCUGUACUGCUGCUGACAUGCCAACCUCCUGGCUUCUGCCUGACCUCCAUGUGAUCCCCUCCAUGGUUGUGUGGUUGGGGGCAAAGAGGUUUCAUUUGCUGCUGACCAGGGCAAAACAAGCUGCUUGCUGCUUCCCUCA